AUUUUGCUACAGCCCCAGCUCAAGUUAGUUGUGACCUAUUCGUUUUUACUAAUUGUUGAUUUUGCAAUGGAAAGUCCUGUAAUCUUUUACGUUUUUCUGACCUGUCUGAUUGGUUCCAAUGGUGCACAUGAAUGUAUCGGGGACAAGUGUCGAGAUGUGAUAUGAAUGCCUUUACUUGGUAACAUGGGAGCUACAUUGAAAGCACACUUGGACGUCACCAAUAUGAACAAUCAUCUGAAAGCUUACAUUCAACAGGAAAUCAAGGAAGGUGUUGAAGUUGUAAUGAGAAAAAAAAUUAAGAAACUUGUGAAUGCGGGUCUUGAAAAGAUCAGCUCUACAAUCGAAGCGAAAGUGAAAACUGGUACCUCCUACAUUCAGUGGGGAAGGACAAAAUGCACAAAUGACAACACAGAAUUGGUUUAUUCUGGCUUUGUUGGUGGAUCUUCAUAUACAGGUGGUGGCGCUCCAAAUAAGCUCUGUGUUCCGAAUGAACCACAGUGGGGUAUUUAUGAUGGUAAAGUAAACAGCAGUCCUUUCAUCGGUGCUACAUUGUUCGAUAACUGGGACAUUAACAUCAAGAAUUCACUUUUUGAUAAAAAAUACACGUAUUAUGUCAUUCAGUGUGCUGUUUGUCAUGUGACAAAAGCAACAUCCACAAUAAUGAUACCGGGAAGGAAAACAUGCUUUAAUAAUUGGAAAAAAGAAUACCAUGGUUACCUAAUGGCUGGUUAUCCUCUUCAUAAGGCUGCUUCGGAAUAUAUCUGUGUUGAUGGAAACCCUGAUCAUAUCAAGAGAGUACCUAGCUGGGCUGACAAAUCUCUUUUGUACUCAGUCUAUUCAAGAUGUAACGGAGCGACCCCUUGUCCACCCUACGUUAAUGGUAGGGAAAUGACAUGUGUAGUUUGUUCCAGAUGAAUACGAUCAGAUCUGUCAUACCUUCUUCUAUCAAUUUGUGUUACACCUUUUAAGCUUUCUAAGACACUAGAAACUUACUUUGAAAAAAAAAAACAAUUUACUUUUUGAAUAUCAAAAGAAAAUCCAUAUCACGAAUAUAUAAAUAAAACAUAAUUGAUACUG